AUGGAUGUCGUGCUCGAGCUCACCGACACCUUCAUCGCCGACCACGCCUACGCCUGGCUGUUCCCUCUGCAGCCGGCGCCGUACGACUUCCCCAAGGCCACGGCCGCCAAUGCUUCGGCCGCCUAUUCGUCAUGGACUUACGAGCCCGCGACCAAGUAUUUCCAGGUCCAGCCGUAUCCCGCUGCCUACCUGAGCUCUCUUCCCCGAGAUAACGUCUGGCGCCAGUUUGCGACGCUCUACUUCAUCACAUGGAUCUUUGGCCUCAUCGUCUACUUCAUCUUCGCCACCCUCUCCUACGUCUUCAUCUUCGACAAGCGCACCAUGCAACACCCCAAGUACAUCAAGAACCAGAUCUGGCUCGAGAUCGUCCAGACCAACAAGUCGAUGCCCUUCAUGUCUCUCCUCACCGCGCCGCUCUUCUUGCUCGAGGUCCGCGGCUUCGGCAAGCUCUACGACAUCACCUCCGAGGGCCCUGGCCUGUGGUACAACAUCCUCCAGUUCCCCCUCUUCCUCGUCUUCACCGAUUUCUGGAUCUACUGGAUUCACCGAUACCUGCACCACCCUUGGGUCUACAAGUACCUGCACAAGCCUCACCACAAGUGGAUCAUGCCCACGCCCUUUGCCAGCCAUGCCUUCCACCCCGUCGACGGCUUCAUGCAGUCCAUCCCUUACCACGUCUUCCCCUUCAUCUUCCCGCUGCAGAAGAUGGCCUACGUCUUCCUCUUCGUCUUUGUCAACUUCUGGACCAUCAUGAUCCACGACGGCGAGUACCUCACCAACAACCCGGUCGUCAACGGCGCUGCCUGCCACUCGCUGCACCACUCCCGAUUCGAGGUCAACUACGGCCAGUUCUUCACUGCCUUUGACCGCAUGGGCGGAACCUACAAGAUGCCCGAGGCCUGGAUGUUCGAGAAGGAGGUCAAGAUGUCCGAGAAGAAGUGGAAGGACGAGGCCAAGGAGGUCGACGCCACUGUCAAGGAGGUUGAGGGAUCCGACGACCGGACCUACGUCCCUGAUCUGGCGACCAAGAAGAACAAAUAA